UAAUCCGGCGACAGUCGGGGUACUCUCCUCGAGAUGGCAACCCGGUGUUAUUUACAAUGCCGCGCAAAAGCAAAACAGAUUUUAAUAAAAAUGCGAAAGCAGAUCGAGUUAUAGUAAAGACAUCUCCAGUUAAUGCCGAAACAAAUAUAAUCCGUCGAACACUUCGUUCGUCGAACUCAAAUCUUCAAGUGAGAACACGCAAUCAAUCCAGAUCAGAGAAGAACUCUCCAAAACCGGUGACCAGCAGUCGCACCAGAAGUGGGAACGUUAUGUCAAGUACAGUGGAUGAGGCUGAACCAUCUAUAAGUCGUAAAACAUUGGCUGAAGAUAAGGAGAACGCCGAAUUAAGUGACGAAUCGCCACAAAAAAUACCAAAAAAUAAACCCGUCCCUAUGGACAGUAAUGAAAUUGUGUCAACGAAGGAUACAGCUGAUGAACCCAUGCAAGUUGAUAUGCAAUCUACAAAUGUCGGAAGCAAAGAUUGUGCUGAACCACAGACAGAUUCAUCUGCAACUAAAAUAAAUUUGAAUAAUAAUAAGACGAAUAUCGAAAAAAAAGAAAACGAAGUCACAGAAGAACCGACUCAAACUGAAUCUCCAAGCAAGGACAAUAGAAAUGUGCAGAGAUCAGCAUCCAUUGACAAAUUGACAACUCUUUUCUCUAAUUUGUAUCUUAAUUCCGUGCAGCGUCUGUGUCUACAGUUUCCACCACGUUGUGCUGAAGAUUUAGUAUACUGCCGAAAACAGCAUUUCCAGCAACGAUUUAAUGAAAUGGACAAACCUAGUGAAGCACGAUUGAUGCAACUACGUUGUACUCUUAAACAGCAGAGAUACCUUUCAUUUAUCAAUCUGGCGAUGGAUAUGUGCCAGCGAUAUGAGUUUCCUGGAGAGGAUACAUUUACCAACUUGAUUGAAUUAAUUUUGAGCCUUAACCCCAAAACUGGAGAUGCCGCUUUCAUACGCACAUACCGCCAAUCCAUUGAGCUAUUUAGUUAUAUGGUGCGUACCUUUCCACCUUGCUGGCGUGCUACGCACACAGCCUACAUUGGCUUUUUUCAGCGUCCCCUAGACGCAGAAAAAAUUUAUAACAACAAAUCUAAGAGGGACAAUCGGUUGUCCAAAUCAAAAAAGGUUUUUGAUAUAAUACUGGAUUUGACCGAAAUUAUACUCAACGAGUGCACCAACGAAGAGCUAUCGAUUGUAACUGAACCCCAAACACCAACUAAUGAGAAAAAAGCAAAGGAGGAGUCGGUGGUAACAGAAACCCGCAAUAGUGAGCCUUUUGAUCACCACAAAUGGGAAGAACGUGAUAGUCGUUUAAAUACUUAUACAGCACUAAAGCCCACUGAGCGUUUGGAAAGACUAUUUAUAGUCUUACGUCUUAUUUUACAAAUACUUGAAAGUGAUUUCGUAAUGUGGCUGCUGCAUCAUUAUCGCAAAAAUAAAAAUUGGUUAUUCUAUACUGAUAGCAGACCGCUGGCGGUGUUUGUACUUGGCAUAUCAGAAGAAGCCCAUUUGAGUGCUUUAGGCCGCCAGCUCUUCCUGCUGUUUGCAAUGGCAGUUAACAAAGGAUUGAAUGUUAACUAUUUGAAAGUUCUUGAGCGAUAUAUAGCACUUUUGAUGGUCAUAAGCAACACUGCCGACAUAGAGCACACCGUACUGGGUGUUAAAUAUCCACAGCUUGGUCCAAAUACAAAGCAAAUUAUACUAGAUUUCUUCCGAAAGUUUAAAGAUCGCAAUUUGAACUCGUCCAUUUGCAACUAUAUUAAGGCUAUUGACGUUCUACGCAUACCGUACGUUCGAUACACAUUUAUCGAUCAAUUUCUGCAAAUGUUUGGGUUCUUGUAUUCAGAAAACUUUUCUCCAGAAAAAGUAUUUCAUUAUAUGAGAAAGAAACGUUGGCUGAAACAAAAAAAGCAAGCGGAGUUACAUGCAGAAGUAGAUGACAGCUCAGAUGUAGUCGAUGAAAUCUCAUGUGAGCAGCAUCUAUCGCUUCUACUGGAAGCUUUGAAAGCCUAUUGCGAAUGGCAUGCAUCUAAAGAUUUUAUGCAAAUAAUUCUAAAUAAGCGACAAGUGAGCUGCUUAAAAAUCACCACCCACUCUUUGCAUCAUACUCCCAUUGCUUCGGGUGGUCUUCUGAAUCUGGCACGCAUGGAAAAUGACAUUGUACAUUUGGAGGGAAAGCUACGAAAGACAGUGCGUGUUGCAAAACCAGUUAUUGAUUUACCGCUCAUGGACAUUUGUAUCGAUCAGGAUUUGCGAUUUAAGUAUCGUAACGAUUUGAAAUAUUUAAAUGCGCUACAACAAAAAGUUACCGAGCAAAGUAUAGCACAUCCAGAAGUAGAUUUCAGUGCGUGGGAGACGUUUUUAAUUGAUUUUAAAGUUGAUUAAUUUGCAGUGCCAUAAGACACAUUAUAUGCUUAAGAAAUUUAACUAUCCCAGUUACGCUACACUUUAUUUUUGAAACUGUUUUAUUUAUCGCCAUAAUAUUAAGCAAUUUUGAAUAUUAAACAAUUUAAAUUUAUUUCUUGAAUAAUA